CGUAGAUCUCUUUGUAGCAGCAUUUCAUUUAGUGGAAAUAACGUGAUUUCUGUACGGCAAAUUUCCAACAGCUCAAAAUGUACGCCCCACAACAGCCAAUUCUGAUUCUCAGCAAAAAUACGAAGCGAGAGAGCGGCCGAAAGGUGCAGUUGGAGAACAUCAAUGCCGGCAAAACCAUAGCUGACCUCAUCCGCACAUGCCUGGGCCCACAAGCCAUGAUGAAAAUGCUGAUGGAUCCGAUGGGAGGCAUCGUGAUGACAAACGAUGGUAAUGCCAUCCUACGUGAAAUCACCGUGCAACAUCCGGCGGCCAAGAGCAUGAUCGAAAUUGCUCGCACGCAGGACGAGGAGGUUGGUGACGGUACCACGUCCGUAAUUGUGUUGGCCGGUGAGAUGCUGUCAGUGGCCGAACAGUUCCUUCAGCAGCAGAUUCACCCGACGGUCAUCAUUCGGGCGUACCGGGAGGCGCUCGAGGACAUGGUGCGCAUCCUGCAGGAAGAGGUCAGCAUUGAGCUGGACCGCAGCGACAAGAAGCGGUUGUCGGAGGUGGUAAAGUCUUGCGUUGGCACAAAGUUCGUCGGGCGCUGGUCGGAUUUGGCGGUGCGUAUUGCUCUGGAUGCGGUCGAGACGGUGACACUGACGGAGAACGGGCGCACGGAAAUUGACAUCAAAAAGUACGCCAAGGUAGAGAAAAUCCCGGGCGGAUCGAUUGAUGACUCGUGCGUGCUGCGUGGAAUCAUGCUGAACAAGGAUGUGACGCAUCCGAAGAUGCGCCGGUACAUCGAGAAGCCACGUAUCGUUCUGUUGGAUUGCCCGCUGGAGUACAAGAAGGGUGAAAGCCAGACGAACGUGGAAAUUAUAGGCGAUCAGGACUUUACGAAGCUGCUACAGAUCGAGGAGGAGCACGUGUCCCGUCUUUGCGAGGAGAUUAUUGCCGUGAAACCGGAUGUAGUGUUCACGGAGAAGGGUGUUUCCGACCUGGCACAACACUUCCUGAUGAAGGCGGGCAUUACGGCUAUUCGGCGACUGCGCAAAACGGACAACAAUCGGCUGGCUCGUGCCUGCGGUGCAACGAUCGUGAACCGCACGGAAGAAUUGACGGAGAAGGACGUCGGCACUGGGGCCGGACUGUUCGAGAUCAAGAAGAUGGGCGACGAGUACUUCUGUUUCGUGACGGAGUGUGAGGAUCCGAAGGCGUGCACGAUUCUGCUCCGUGGUGCGUCCAAGGACGUGCUGAACGAGACGGAACGCAAUCUGCAGGAUGCGCUGCACGUCGCACGCAACUUGAUGCUCGAUCCAAAGCUGCUGCCCGGUGGAGGUGCAGUAGAGAUGGCCGUCUCGCAGGCCCUGACCAACAAACAGAUCCAGGGACCGUACCGCGCCGUUGCUCAGGCCCUGGAAAUCAUCCCCCGUACACUAACCCAAAACUGUGGUGGUAAUACGAUCCGUACACUGACUGCACUGCGAGCGAAACACGCAUCACACCCGGCCACCGAAGGCCCUUGCACUUGGGGAAUUGAUGGUGAAACUGGGCAGCUGGUGGACAUGAAGGAGAAAAACAUCUGGGAACCGUUGUCGGUGAAGUUGCAGGUGUACAAGACGGCCGUUGAGACGGCAAUUCUUUUGCUGCGCAUCGAUGACAUUGUGUCCGGAUCGAAGAAGAAGAGUGACGAUGGCUCCGGCCCUUCGCCAGCUGCUGCUGCCGCCGGUAUGGGAGGAGAGUAAACAGUGGUCGCGUGUUGUUUCGUGGCCACUCUAAUGUUCCACUCGCUUAAUUUCCUUCACCAAGCCUUUUUUUUAGUAUUGAGCGAUGCGGAUCUACGCUACGCGCGGACAGUUGGUGGUGUUUUGCUUGUUCUUAAACGCCCCGUACUAUACAACCUUACACGUUCCAGGUCUGUGGCCUGUUGCAUUUUUUGUCAAUGCCUAACAUUUAACACACAACCAAACAUCUUUAGCACACGCACGCAUCGUUCUUUCAUUUUGUCCCUUCGUAUAACGUCACCGUCAUCCUUUCCUGGUUCGUCUUUAUAUUACCAUUGUUUGCCUAACAAGUACGGUCGCGAUCGAUGUUGACGAUCACAGGGGAAUCCUCAUACAUAUAUGAUUACUUAUCCUUUGAGGAGCACAUAUUGCGAUCGGGUAUGAUGUAGCACGUCGUAAAAUAAAAUAUUCAUUA